CUCCUCAGAUUCUGUCAAAUUUUAAGAACAAAUGCAUCUUAUAGCUCAUGGAAGAAAAAACACAAAUCAAGACAUUUUUGGGUUCCAAAUUGCCAAAGUAUGGAACAAAAUCUGUGAGAAGUACACUGCAGCCAAUGCCAAAUGGGACCCCUGUUAAUUUAUUGGGAACUUCCAAGAGUAGCAACGUCAAAAGUUACAUCAAAAAUAAUGGCUCUGAUUGCCCAUCAUCCCAUUCAUUUAAUUGGAGAACGGCAAGUAAAUACCAGCUCAGUGCACAAAGUGUUGAAGAGCGUAACAGUACUCAAACUUCACAUGAUAAAGUAAUUGAUCCUGAAAAACAUGCACCUACUCAAGGAAUGUUUGAUAAAAAUGGGAUAAAGGGAGGCUUGAAAAGUAUUUCUUUACUCACAUCAAAGUUAGCAAAGCCAUCCACUAUGUUUGUGUCAUCUACAGAGGAGUUAAACCAAAAGUCUUUGUCUGGACCAUCUAGUUUGGGUAAAUACACCAAAGGCACAUUAUUAGGAAGGACUUCAUAUUCUUCAGUCAGUGCCCCAAAAUCACAGUUGAAUGGAUUGUAUGGGAACCGUUCAGCUGGUAGCAUACAAAGGCCUAGAGCAAACUCCUGUGCCACCAGAAGCAGUUCUGGAGAAGGCUUAGCACAGUCCCUAGACAAUAUUAAAUCUGUUACUUGUGAAAAAAUGGUAAGGUCACAAAGUUUUUCACAUUCCAUUCAGAAUUCAUUCCUUCCACCUUCAUCUAUAACCAGAUCACAUUCCUUCAAUAGAGCUGCAGAUCUUACAAAGCCUUAUCAGAACCAACAGCUACCCAUUAGAGUGCCUCUGAGGUCAAGUAUGCUAGCAAGAAAUUCCCGACAGUCAGAAGUACUCAAUGGGAAUGAUCACUUAGGAUUUGGAUUUAAUAGGCCUUAUGCUGCUGGUGGAAAAAAGUUGGCUUUACCAAAUGGCCCAGGUGUAACUUCCACUUUGGGUUAUAGGAUGGUUCAUCCCUCGCUACUGAAGUCUAGCCGACCUCCAUUUUCUGGCACUAUCACAGUUGAUGGUAAUAAAAAUUCACCUGCUGAUUCAUGUGUAGAAGAAGAUGCUGAACUUAUGGCUAAGGACAGUGCUACUAAUAAGGACCAAGAACUAAUUGAAAAUGAUAGUUAUAGAACAGGAAAUGACCAGACCAUGAAGCAUAAUGCUAAAAUUAGAUACCUGAGUGAUGAUGUGGAUGAUAUUUCCUUGUCGUCUUUGUCAUCUUCUGAUAAGAAUGAUUUAAGUGAAGACUUUAGUGAUGAUUUUAUAGAUAUAGAAGACUCCAACAGAACUAGAAUAACUCCAGAGGAAAUUUCUCUCAAAGAAGAAAAGCAUGAAAAUGCACCAUCGAGGGAUAUAUUUGAUUCCCCCAAGGAAAAUGAAAAAAGUAAAACUGACGAGUGGAUAGAUAUAAGUGUCUCUGACAGGAGUGAAUGUACAAAACAUACUUCUGGGAAUAACUUGAUUUCACCAGAUACAGAUUACAGAGCUGGUUCUUCAUUUGAGCUCUCUCCAUCUGAUAGUUCUGAUGGAACAUACAUGUGGGAUGAAGAGGGUUUGGAGCCCAUUGGAAAUGUCCAUCCAGUUGGGAGCUAUGAGUCUUCAGAAAUGAACAGCAUAGAUAUCCUGAAUAAUCUUGAAUCAUGUGACCUUGAGGACGAUGACCUUAUGCUUGAUGUGGAUCUGCCUGAGGAUGCACCUCUUGAAAAUGUGGAGUGUGACAAUAUGAACCGCUUUGACCGGUCAGACAGAAAUGUUCGGCAGUCUCAGGAAGGAUUUUGGAAGAGGCCACCCCAGAGGUGGAGUGGACAGGAGCAUUACCACCUCAGCCAUCCUGACCACUAUCAUCACCAUGGAAAAAGUGACUUGAGCAGAGGCUCUCCCUAUAGAGAAUCUCCUUUGGGUCAUUUUGAAAGCUAUGGAGGGACCCCCUUUUUCCAGGCUCAGAAGAUGUUUGUAGAUGUACCCGAAAAUACAGUGAUACUGGAUGAGAUGACACUCCGGCACAUGGUCCAAGAUUGUACUGCUGUAAAAACUCAGUUACUCAAACUGAAACGUCUGUUGCAUCAGCAUGAUGGAAGUGGUUCAUUGCAUGAUAUUCAACUCUCUUUGCCAUCCAGUCCAGAACCAGAAGAUGGUGAUCAAAUAUAUAAGGUCGGUUUCUUCCAGCACUGGCAGGACCUAGCAGUGACUGAAUGAUGGCUACAUAGUAUUUCAUCAAAUUGCUACAUUUUAUUUCAGUUGCCCCCUUUUUGGACAAUUAUAAAUUUAUCUCUUUCAUACUUGGUGAUCCACUUGCCUACUGGACAUUUCCACUGUGCCCCUCCCACAGGUACCUCUAAUAGUAUAUCUAAAACUCACAUUGUUUCUUUGGCAUAGUUUCCAGGAGUGGGACGACUGAAGCAGAGUGCAAGCAUUUUUAUGACUCUUCUUUGGCAUAGUUUCCAGGAGUG